AUGAGUCUUGGUCGCGUCACAUUGGUCGCCAUUGUCAUUCUUUCAACUUUGGUCAAUGCCUUACCUGCGGUCAUGCCUUCUGAGCGGGACAGUGCCAGUUCUAGCAUAACUCCCCAACGCGCUCUCGACCUCAACGGCCAAACUACGCGGCACUUGAGAGCACGCAGGCAGACAACCGACGGCGAAGACAGAGCGUUUGAUGCGAAGAUCCCCCUCAUUUCCAAGCUGACAUCAAAGAACCCGAGCAGCGAAGAGGAAGUACUCCAGCUGUUCAACAAGCUGAAGCUUUUUAAUCAGAAGACCAAUCUUUUGGAAACCCCGCAGUUCCAGAAGUGGACAACCACCGUCUCCAAAGGCUACAAGACGAACUCGGAGGCGGCUGACAUGGCGAUCGCCUCGACAUUGUCGAUGCAACACGGUGACGAUGUCCUCGCCAAAAUGACCACAGAGGCGAAGCAACUGUCGAGUACUAAGGACGUGGCUGCCAGACUGGAGGAAGCUCAGAUAAACAACUGGUUGGCCAGGAAACAACCCGCUGGCCAAGUUUUCGGAGCUUUGAAGCUGGACGAGGAGAUGCACAGUAUAAUGCGGAACCUACUGCUGAGCACGUGGGUGACCUACGUGGAGAGGACGGAGGGAAAUCCGUACAAGUUGCUGCUCGAGAAGAUGAAGGCGCAGAAGUUUGGGGACGACACCAUCGUGACUAUGCUCGGGUCUGCGAAGCAAAACCCUGCGACGUCUCCUAUUGCUGAGAAGGUGGAGAAUGUGCUGUUCGAUAGCUGGAAGGGUCAAAGCGCGGACGACGUUUUCAAGCUGCUGAAGCUGGACGGCCGAGGCACGCAUCUCUUCAAUCAGCCCAAGCUCAACACAUGGGUCUCCUACGUGACUAAGCUAGAAGGGAAGCAUGCGGACGAGGAAAUGUACAAAAUCCUUCGAGCAUCAUACGAUGACGGCGAGCUGGCCUUGCUCCUUGCUGGAGCGAAGAACCAAUUGAUGAGCAAGGUCGCAGCGAGACUGGAAGGGGUGCAGCAGAAGAUUUGGCUGAGCGAGCGCAAGACCGCAAAGACGUCCUUCACGACCCUGAAACUGAACACAAAGUGA